AUGGCUCCAAAGACUGAAAAGAAGUCUCGCAGCACCAUCAACGAGGUUGUCACCCGUGAAUUCACCAUCCACAUUCACAGAAGAAUCAAGGGAAUGUAAGUUUUUUUUUAAAUAAAAUACUUCGUCGUUUUAUGCUAACACGAGCUCCACCUGGAAGCGGUGUGUUGGCCCACGCCAGUCAUUGCAGCUCCGUCUGUUCAAGACGAGCAGGUUCAGCCAGAAUCGCAAUGACUGGACUAACGGAGCAUUGCCUUGUUCAUGGUGGGUGGCUCCUUCCUUGAACGCUACAAGUUUCUCAUUCGAGACUCAUGUGGAAAUCUAAAGGCAUCCUCGAAAUUCUUUCUCAAAUAAAGUUUGACGAUCGAGUUUAGGUAAUAUCACUUCAUUUGUUCUGUAGUUCAUAUCUUAUUUUUAGCGGAGCCAAGAAACGCGCUCCACGUGCCAUUGACGAGAUCAAGAAGUUCGCCAGAAUUGAAAUGAAAACCGAGGAUGUCAGAGUCGACACCAAACUCAACAAGUUCAUCUGGUCCAAGGGAAUCAAGUAAGAGUUUUUUUUUAAUAAACAACGAAAAUUUUGUAAUGAAUCUUUUUUCAGGAACGUCCCAUACAGAGUUCGUGUCCGCCUUUCCCGCCGUCGUAAUGAAGACGAGGACUCAGCCCACAAGCUUUACACUUUGGCCACAUACGUUCCAUGCGCCAACUUCCACGGACUCACCAACGUCAACGUUGACAGCGAGGAAUAA